UACUAUGUUUUCAAAGACCCUCAGACCAGCACUUUCCGGGAGAAUAACCGGCAGGCUCUACAACUCAAUUCCAGCUGCGAAGAAAACGGAGGCGACUAUUGCCAAGCCGGCUUACGCGAGAAAGGUCGCACCAGCCAGCUCCGCAACUUCGAAUGCGUUGUUGAACAAUUCCACGUUAGAAGAAUCUUUACCGAACAAGCUCGACGACUUCGACCCGCUGCAGUACACGUCUACCCAGGGAGGCCAGACCGUGAACUGGGCCACGUCGUUCCACGGUAUCGGCACUGAAGCAUUUCCUGACAAGGUGGCGGAUGUCUUGCUUGCACCGGUUGUUCCUUCAGACAUCGAAAUUAAGCCUGAUGGAAUCAUUUAUUUGCCAGAAAUCAAGUACAGGCGUAUUUUGAACAGAGCCUUCGGCCCAGGCGGCUGGGGUUUGGUCCCCCGUUCCGCCACCAUCACCACCGGCCGCAGCUUGACCAGAGAGUACGGGUUGGUAUGCCAUGGCAGACUUGUGGCGGUCGCCAGAGGUGAACAGGAUUUCUUCAACGAACAACAAAUGAUCACUGCCACCGAGGGCUGCAAGAGUAAUGCGUUGAUGAGGUGCUGCAAGGAUUUGGGUAUUGCCAGUGAGUUAUGGGACCCUAGAUUUGUUAGAAACUUCAAAAAGAAGUAUACCGAGUUUAAGACCCCACCGGGUAAGGUCAAAGGCGCCUGGGCCUUGAAAUCUCCAUUCUAAUCGAAUACCGUAAAUGCGCGCAGACCCAGCAAGAGGCUGACGAAAAAGCAUCCAGAAAUACAAAAUAAAUAUGAUACUUGCAUUCGAAGUAAUAGCGUCA